CAAAGGAGCCGAUAUAUCAGGCUGGAGUAACUGAAGAGUUGAAUCACCGAGAGGCAGAAGACCUUGCAAAUAGAAAAGGACGCCUAUUGUUCCUCCGCUCCAACGGAUGGACCCGGCGAUCAGCGUCCAGGGAGACGGAUUCCCACAAUAAGGAAGGUCAAACCUUCCCUUGUUCUGCUUUGCAACCAGAACUUUAUUCUCCCCGCCGUAGAAGCUGGGCUUCUAUGUUUUGCUAUGUUUAUUUGGCAUCGUGUCCUUAUUUCCAGGGAUGAACCGGGCUGGUGGAUUCUUGAUUUAAAAGGAAACAUCAAGGAGAAAUAGUAAAAAAUGCAAGCUUGAAGCUGGAAGAAAGAACCUCAAGGGGAAAAAGAAAAAGAGAGGGCAAAAGGAGGAUACGAGCAACAUUUUGCAAUUUAACAGGAUAAUCGGUUGGCCAUACGAUAUUUUGCAGAGCCAAAAAAACAAAACUUUGGAAAACAAAGCUUGCUUUUCGAUAAUAAAAUAAAUCCGUCCCUUCUGAAAUAAGGACAAUGAAGGCAGCGGUGUGCUGGCUGCUAAUGGCCGCCGUGGGAAUCAACGCUCAGAAGCCCGAAGGUGUCGAAACCCGCGUGGCAGGAGGGACGCGAGAAUUCGUUUACGGACACCGAUACAGGCGCUCCAGCGAGGCGCAGGAGAAAUGCACCUACACAUUCAUUGUCCCACAGCAAAAGGUAACUGGGGCCAUUUGCGUGAACUCCAAGGAACCGGACGCCAUCCUCCUAGAGAACAGGGUCAACAAGCAAGAGGUGGACCUUCUCAACCACGAGCUCCUGAAGCAGAAGAGGCAGAUAGAGACCCUGCAGCAGCUGGUGGAGGUGGACGGCGGCAUCGUCAGCGAGGUCAAGCUGCUGCGGAAAGAGAGCCGCAACAUGAAUUCCCGCGUCACCCAGCUAUACAUGCAGCUGCUGCACGAGAUCAUCCGGAAGCGGGACAACGCACUGGAGCUCUCCCAGCUGGAGAACAGGAUCUUGAACCAGACAGCCGAUAUGCUGCAGCUGGCUAAUAAGUAUAAGGACCUGGAGCACAAGUACCAAACCCUGGUCACCAUCGCCAAUAAUCAAUCGACGGUGAUCGCCCAGCUGGAAGAGCACUGCCAAAGAACGCCGGGCCUCAAGACGGUCCUCCAGCCGCAGCAGCCGCCGAAUCGCGUCUACCAGCCGCCCACGUACAACCGCAUCACCAACCAAAUAUCCACCAACGAAAUACAGAGCGACCAGAAUUUGAAGGCUCUGCCGCCAAGCCUCCCGACUAUGCCACCCGUCACCAGCGUCCCGACUUCGACCGACAAGCCGUCAGAUGACCAGAAGAAUGCUGUGGCCAUACCAAGCCAACAUCAGUCUUAG